CAGCAGCAGCAGCAGCAGCAUGGCAGACAAGAACAGCACCUUGAAAUGCACGUUCUCUGCUCCGGGUCACAGCACUACCCUCCUGCACGGCCUGGCCUCUCUCCGGGCCCAGGCUCAAUUGCUCGACGUCAUCCUCACCAUCAACAAUGAGGUGUUUCAGGUCCACAAGGUGGUUUUGGCUGCCUGCAGCGAUUACUUCAGGGCCAUGUUCACUGGCGGCAUGAGGGAAGCCAGCCAAGACGUGAUCGAGUUGAAAGGGGUCUCCGCCAAGGGCUUGAAGCACAUCAUCGAGUUUGCGUACAGCGCCGAAGUGACCCUGGACCUGGACUGCAUCCAGGAUGUGCUGGGGGCAGCGGUCUUCCUGCAGAUGGUGCCGGUGGUGGAGCUGUGCGAAGAGUUCCUGAAGUCCGCCAUGAGCGUGGAGACAUGCCUGAACAUCGGGCAGAUGGCCACCACCUUCAGCCUGGCCUCCUUGAAGGAGUCGGUGGACGCCUUCACCUUCCGGCAUUUCCUGCAGAUCUCCGAAGAGGAGGACUUCCUCCACUUGCCGCUGGAGCGUCUCGUCUUCUUCCUGCAGAGCAACAAGCUGAAGAGCUGCCGUGAGAUCGAGCUCUUCCGGGCCGCUGUCCGCUGGCUGCAGCACGACCCGGGCCGCCGCGCCGGCGCCAGCCAGGUCCUCUGCCACAUCCGCUUCCCGCUCAUGAAGUCCUCCGAGCUGGUGGACCACGUCCAGACCUUGGACAUCAUGGUGGAAGACGUCCUGUGCCGCCAGUACCUCUUGGAGGCCUUCAACUACCAGAUCCUGCCGUUCCGCCAGCACGAGAUGCAGUCGCCCCGCACCGCCGUCCGCUCGGACGUCCUCUCCCUCGUCACGUUCGGCGGCACCCCCUACACGGACAACGACCGGACGGUGAGCGCCAAGGCCUACUACCUGCCGGACGGCGGCGCCCGCCAGUUCAAGGAGCUGACGGAGAUGGAGGUGGGCAGCAGCCACACCUGCGUGGCUGCCCUGGACAACUUCAUCUACGUGGUCGGGGGGCAGCAGCUGCAGUACCGCAGCGGCGAAGGGGCGGUCGACCUCUGCUACCGCUACGACCCCCACCUGAACCAGUGGCUGCGUGUUCGAGCCAUGCAGGAAAGCAGGAUUCAGUUCCAGCUGAACGUGGUGCACGGCACGGUCUACGCCACGGGGGGCAGGAACCGCUCGGGCAGCCUGGCGUCGGUGGAGAAGUACUGCCCCAAAGGCAACGAGUGGAGCUACGUGGGCUCGCUCAAGCGCAGGACGUGGGGCCACGCCGGGGCCACGGCGGGGGGCCGGCUGUACAUCUCGGGGGGGUACGGGAUCUCGGUGGAGGACAAAAAGGCGCUGCAUUGCUACGACCCCGCCACGGACCAGUGGGAGUUCAAAGCCCCCAUGAACGAGCCCCGGGUCCUGCACGCCAUGGUCAGCGCCGGCGGCCGGAUUUACGCCCUCGGCGGCCGCAUGGACCACGUGGACCGCUGCUUUGACGUCCUAGCGGUGGAGUACUACGUCCCCGAGUCCAACCAGUGGACGACGGUCAGCCCCAUGCGAGCGGGGCAGUCCGAGGCUGGCUGUUGCUUGCUGGAGAAGAAGAUCUACAUCGUGGGGGGUUACAAUUGGCACCUGAACAACGUCACCAGCAUCGUGCAGGUGUACAACACCGAGACGGACGAAUGGGAGAGGGACCUUCACUUCCCGGAGUCUUUCGCCGGCAUCGCUUGCGUGCCGGUCAUUCUGCCACAGACCACGGCCCGGAGGUGACCACGGCCCGGUCCUCCGGAGCCUCACGGGACACCGAGGGGCACGUUUGCGUUUUGUGAAAUAAAGUUGUACGCCCGCAGCAGGCGAGCGAGGGCUUCCGCCUACGCGAGGUCGUCUUUGGGUCCCGGAAGGGUGUUCCGUCCGUGGCGGGGUCGGAGAACGUCGUAAGGAGGACUGAUCCGAGGAUGGAAGCCUUGCGGGACGGGGUGGGGUGGGCCUCUCUGUUCUUUCUCUUCCCUAACAGUCCCCUUGUCUUGCAGAUGUUCAAACAAGCUCACUUUCCCCCCCAUUUAUAAACUGUUAGAAGGUUUAACUGCACCCCAAAGCCUCGUUACGUGUCUGGACACUUAAGAAACCAAAACGAAACCCAGGAAAGAAAAGUCUUAAGUGCGUCAUGAACUUUCCAAAAGCGAUCCGAAGGAUGAGGCGGGGCGGAGGGGACUCCGUGGAGAUUCACAGCGCGUGAUCUCCUCUGAGCGUGGGUCCACUUCUUUUCUGAAAAGCACACUUUAAACCCUGUUACGACACACACAUGUUUUUGUUCUGUUCGAGCGUUUUUGUCUCGGGAGCACUGUGAGCGCUUCUCCUUGUCCCUUUCUUUCCAGGAAAUCCCAUGAUGCCCUGGAGUCUGAACCGGAGAGCAAAGCAGAACUCACUGGCUCAGUUCAGACAACAGUGUGAAAACUCCACUCAGCGGUUGAGUUCCUAGGGAGGACGCCCCACACACCAUGUUCGUAACUCUGCCGUUGGGUGACUGUGGGCUACCGUGGAGUUGAAUAAAAUCCAUUGAUUGACA